CUAACCUUAAUGGCCUAUGUACCUUCCACCGACCGGAAAUGUACCACGUCCAACAACCGGAGAUGGUCUUCAAGACGAAUGGGUCAGCGACCCGGCGAACUACGAAUUCUCGUGCGAAAUCGAAAACGCAAUAGUGGAAUUAAACUUUGGCCAUCACGAAUCACGGAAAAACUAUAAAGCGACCGGAAGUUACCACGUGUUAUUACCGGAUAGCAAAAUACUGAUCGUUGAUUAUAUUGCAGUUGGUUAUCGACCGAUGGUACAAAAGAAUAGCAAGGUUUGAAAGGUCCUUUUGUCACUGAGGGCACCACCAACAACGAAGGAUACAAAUAUUAACCUAAAUUGCUUCGUUUUUAACUGGCUGCCGCUAUUUUAUUGUGAGUUUAUUCAUUUAUCUAAUUAGAAAUAAUAGUACUAACUGUUUGAAACUGUGAAUGAUAAAUAUAACAAGUAUCAUCAAAAUGUUUGGUAAGAUUUGUUAAAAAUAUUACCUAAUCAAACUUUCUUCAUGGAUGAUUUUUGUAAGGUUAGGAAAAGAAGUUAUUUGGUGUAUUUACAUUUUACUUAUUUUAAAUCUGUAAUAAUUAUAUAAAUAAAGUUUAUAAGAAUUUAUAACAUACAAAAACAAUUGUGAUAUAUACAUAUUUAUCCUUUGAUGAUUUAAACUAAACAAAUGUGCAAGUAUCCUGGAAGAGGUUAGGAAGCAAAAAGUUCUUUUUGUUUUAAUACCUUAAAGGUGAAAUAAAAGAAUAUUGAUUUCAAUACAAAAUUUAAUUUGUGAAGUGCAUCUAUAGUCAGCAACAGAAUAAUAUUAUAUUUAGGUUGCAAUUGAAAUGUUUCUGCUAUUCGAGCUCAGUUUGUUGAACAAACUGAAUUUAGACACAAAAGCGCAAUUUCAAUUUUUAUAUAUUUUUAAUACCUAAUAUAAAUACAUGUACAUAAUAUAAAUAUGACUUUACAAACGGUUUUACAAAUGAUAAAAGUGAAAUUACAUUAAAAAAUAUCAAUAACAAAUAUUGAAUG